CCGGAGCCCCGGGAGGCCACAGUCACUGCUGCAGGAUGGAGGAACCCACUCCUGAGCCAGUCUAUGUGGAUGUGGACAAGGGGCUGACCUUGGCUUGCUUCGUUUUCCUCUGCCUCUUCCUUGUAGUCAUGAUCAUCCGCUGUGCCAAGGUCAUUAUGGACCCCUACAGUGCCAUCCCCACGUCCACCUGGGAGGAGCAGCACCUGGAUGACUGAGGCAUAGGACAAGUCACAGUGUCCCAGGAUACACAUCUUCAUACCCUGGCCAACAUCCUCCAAGCACUUGGAGGCUGGAAGUGGCUACGACCACCCAAAGAUGGAGAAGGCUCAUCUUCACCUUAUUGGCUCUCACAUGACCACCACAGGGAAAUGCCAGCAUGCUAGAGGCAAGGCAGUUUGGGGAAGCCUGGGGAGAAGAGUACUAAGCCAUGACUCAGGCAAGUGGGGUCCAUCCUGGGACUCCACUGGGAGACUGCAGGGUGAUGGUCCCCUGUCUAGGCUCCUAUGCACCUUUGGAAAAUGAACAAAGAACAGACACUCUGAUCUGCAAACAGUGGUCAGGAGGAGACUGCCCUUCAAAUGCACAGCACAGAGAGGCUGCUGAGAGCCCAGGACCUUUACCUACAGCCUAGCAGUAGAGGGGCAGGAAGAAUGGAAAAUUCAGGGGGCUUCUGCAAAUUCUCACAAGGCACACAGCUACUUCCAAAUGGGGUUUGUUUUUUUUUUUAAACUAAAAUAUAGAGGGAUAUAUUUUUCCUGUUAAAAAUGAGAUGUGCAUUUUAGACACUUGGGAAAAUAUAGAAGAAAUAUAAAUAUAAUAAAAGAAAACUAUAAAUAGAAGAAAGGGAGGUGAAAAGCACUUACAGUCUGACUUCCCAGAAGCCAUCAUUUUGAUAUAUUUCUUCAAGUCUUUUUUACAAGAAAUUUUUUAGUAAUUCACACCAUACGCAUGAUGCUGCAUUGAUUCAUAUGAUAGCUCGGAUACCUUCUGCCUCUCAAAAUAUCGUGGCUGUUUUUUUUGUGACUGAGAGUAUACUCUGCAGGUCAUGACUGAAUAUAGUCCCUUUCUAUCUCUAUUUAACUUUUCCACAAUGUUCUCACACAAAUUACUUCACCCAGGAACCUUCAGAAGCCCUGCAUUCCAGGAGCUCCAGGCAAGAUCUGGGUUCUAGUCCUGCUUCAGCUACUCAAAGGCUGUAUGAUCUUGAGAAAGUCAUGUCACCUCUAGGUGCCUCAGUUUCCUCAUUGUAAGAUGGGAAGGGGAAGUCUGUCUGUCUAUCUGUCAGUGAAAGGAGCCAAGCUAUGGUGGGAGCUAAGACUAGGUUGCUGGUGAUCACUCUUCCCUGUCUUCCCUCCCUCCUCUUCUCCCACACACUGUCACCUACUUCUAUGACCUUGCUGCAAGGAUUCUAGGUCAGAGCCUGCACCCCCCCACACACACACCAGCAGCCUCAACUCCUGUGAUCUUGUUCUGUGACCCCUAAAUAAAUCAGCACCUGUGAGCUCCAAUUUCCCCAUCUAUAAAAUAGGGGAAUACCAUCUACCUCACAAGGUUGUUGCGGAGAUAAGAUGGGAGAGCAUGAGCAAACAGGAGCAUCCUUUCCUGAGUCUCUCACCCUAGGAAAAGAACCCUGCCUUCCAAGAGCCAGAGCUCCCAGCACUGGCCAGCAGAACAUUCACAGUGACCUACACAUGACACCACAGCAUCCGGGGGUCUACUGACACACAUCAUCACUAUUGUCAGCUUUUUCACGUCUGUGAGCUGCAUCUAUUGUGUCCUUCCAGGGUAGGACUUGCUGCCCUAUCAAAAGAGACCUGUGCUGUGGACCUCAGACCUCCUCCAUCACCCACACUUGAGCCAUGGGUUCCCAUGCACCUCAGGCUACCUGGGAAAAAAGUUUCCAAAGCACUGUCACUGCUAGGUGACCCUUAAAAGUGAACAGACGAUGUUGAGGUGGCUUUCCAGGGCAUGCCCAGUCUCUGUCUCUCUGUCUCUGUCUCUGUCUCUGUCUCUGUCUCUCUCUCUCUCUCUCUCUCUCACACACACACACACACACACACACACACACACACACACACACAGUGGGAUGC